AUGAGGUUAAGUCCACAGCAAAGCAUGCCGGACAAGCCUGUUGUCUUCCUUUACAAUCCAACUGAAGUAGGAGUUACUGAAGCAUUUGCCAAUCAAUUGAUUGUGAGGUCUGGCCUGAACAGAAGGUCUUCUAUUCGCCCACGUAUCAUAAUACACUACACCGCGAGAUCCCCAGCUCGAGGAGAGGACCAUUCACUUUUUGAAAGCAGGUCGAGGAAAGCUCUAGGGAAGAUCUCGCGAAUAGGCAUUUGGUGUUACGCCUUUCGAUGUUCUGGAAAUCCUAAUCAAAGUAAAGGGCUUGGGCUUGGGGCCCUUCGAAGUACAUCCGAAACGAGUCUAUCCAUCUCUCGUCCUGAAUGA